UGUCAUGUGACCUCAAAACGAAAAAUAAAAUAAAAUUCCACCAGGGGGAUCAAGCCUCAAGCGGCGGCAAGACCGUGUGAGAGGAAUGGCGGGAAACGAACGAGGACGAAAUUACAAUCAUAUCCUCAGCCUCCUUUGGUAUCUCUGCUGAAAGACUCGAGACAUAAAGCGUGUGACAGAUAGGGAGAAGGAAAAAGAAAAUGGCGAAAGUGGUAGCGGAAGCGGAGGAGCUGCCGAAGGCUAUCGUGCGCCGAGUGGUGAAGGAUAAGCUUUCCCAGUGCUCCAAGGGCGACGGUGACCUAACUCUUCACAAAGAAGCUCUCUUGGCUUUCUCCGAGAGCGCCCGAAUUUUCAUCCACUACCUUUCCGCCACAGCAAAUGACAUAUGCAAGGAAAAGAAGAGGCAGACAAUCAGCGCCGACGAUGUUUUGAAAGCGCUGGAAGAGAUUGAGUUCUCCGAGUUUAUCAAGCCUCUUGAGGCCUCUCUUAAAGGAAAGAAUCCAGGAAAGAAUGCAGAAAAGAGUGGAGGAAAGAAUGCAGGAAAACAGAAAGCAGGAACAUCAAAAGCAAAGGAAGUGAAGAAGAAGAGGAAAUUGGAAGAGCCAUCAUCGCGAAAACUAAAGGAAAAGGAGGAAGACAACCAAGAUGAAAAUGGCAGUGAUGAUGAAUGAGCAAGCAAGCAUUUUUUGUGUUUUUUUGUGUUUUUUUUUUCUUUCUGUCUUUGUAGUGUGCUUCUAAAUCAAAAUUUGAAAAUGCCCAUGUUACUUAUUAAAUUGGGUUUAUAACAAUUUGCCAUUCGGGUUCAAAUUUUGCCAUCCUUUAUAUUUUGCCCUUGAGAAUCUUCAUGUUGCCUCUUCAAAGGAUUGUGUGCACAAACAGGAAGUGCCAUUGCAUUAAGAUAGAGGGAGCUACAAUUUUUUCU